AUUGAAUGUAAAUGUAAUUGAAGUCCACAACCUCGGUGUGUUGCGCACGUGACUGCGUAGUUUCGUAUAUUUCGUAAACGUCUUGUCGUGUCCCCUUGCGACCAGCAGAGGUCGCUGUUUGACUUCAAUUGGUGGCGGACGGGCUGGUGUGAGCGCAUGCGCAGUGUCAGCGCUCGGCCUCCGCUCUUCCAGGCGCUUAAGAUGCGCUGAAAGGUUGUUGGUUCAAGUCUGCUGGUUGAAGACGUUCAACGCCUCCGGAGCGUACCAGACUCGUGAGUCGGAGCGAGAAACCCGCAGAGGCGGCUGUGUGGAGUCUGUUCCAGUGAACAAACCGGCCACUGCUGAUAUCAUAGUCCUGCUCCCUCCAACUCUUCUGGACCUGCAUGGUCUCACGCGACCAGCGGACACUCGACCCACUGGCCCCUGGUUCCCUCCAUUGUCCCUGUCAUCCAUCAUCCGGUCACGUCCAGAGCAGCCCCACGCCUGUGUCGAACCCUCCCGUGGUUCCGCUGGAGGUGUGCAGGUUCUGUCCGACCUGCUGAUCCGAGGACCGUCACUCUGACAUUUUCUCCAGGUGGUCUCGCGUCCGGUUCUGCCGGCCACCUGACUGUUCAAAACUGGGGCGCGAUUCAUGGGAUGCAACCAUGUCGGAUCUCAGUGAGCGCAGGCCGGUCAACACGGACUACGCUGUCUCCCUGCUGGAGCAGCUCAAGUUCUUCUACGAGCAGAAGCUGCUGACCGACGUGGUUCUGUUGGUGGAGGACACAGAGUUCCCCUGCCACAAGAUGGUGCUGGCCACGUGCAGCUCCUACUUCAGGGCGAUGUUCAUGAGUGGCCUGAGCGAAAGCAAGCAGACUCACGUCCACCUGAAGAACGUGGAUCCGGCGACGCUGCAGAUCAUCAUCACGUACGCCUACACUGGCAACCUGACCAUCAGCGACAGCACGGUGGAGCCACUCUACGAGACCGCCUGCUUCCUACAGGUGGAGGACGUGCUGCUGCAGUGCCGCGACUACCUGGUGAAGAAGAUCAAUGCCGAGAACUGCGUCCGCAUGCUGAGCAUCGGCGACUUGUUCAGCUGCAGCGAGCUGAAGCAGAGCGCCAAGCGCAUGGUGGAGCACAAGUUCCCCUCCGUGUAUCGGCAGGAGGCCUUCCUGCAGCUGUCCCACGAGCUCCUGGUGGACGUGCUCAGCAGCGACAACCUCAACGUGGAGAAGGAGGAGACGGUGCGGGAGGCGGCCAUGUUGUGGCUGGAGUACAACAUGGAGGCGCGCUCCCAGCACCUCUCCUCUGUGCUCAGCCAGAUCCGCAUCGACGCGCUGUCGGAGGUGACGCAGCGCGCCUGGUUCCAGGGGCUCCCCCCGAACGACAAGUCCGUGGUGGUCCAGGGGCUCUACAAGUCCAUGCCCAAGUUCUUCAAGCCGCGACUCGGAAUGACCAAGGAGGAAAUGCUGAUCUUCACGGAGGCUCUGUCCGAGUCCCAGGGCGACGCCCACAUCAUGCCCUGCUCCGCCCCCACCACGGUGGUCUGCUACAGCCCGCAGGCAGAGAAGGUCUACAAGCUCUGUCCUCCGCCGGGAGAGCUGCAGAAGGUCGGGACCCUGGUCACCCCCGACAACGACGUCUUCAUCGCCGGGGGCCAGGUGCCGCUCAAGAACUCCAUCAACAACCACGGCAAGAGCAGCAAGUUCCAGGUGGUCUUCCACUCGGUGGACAGCUUCUUCUGGUUGGACGCGCAGCAGAACGCCUGGGUGCAGAAGACGCCCAUGCUGUGCGCUCGCAUCAAGCCCUCGCUGGUCUACUGCGAGGGCUGCAUCUACGCCAUCGGGGGCGACAACGUGGGUGGCGAGCUGAACAAGCGGACGGUGGAGCGCUACGACUGCGAGAAGGACGAGUGGAGCAUGAUGAGUCCGCUGCCCUUGGCCUGGAACUGGAGCACGGCGGUGGCGGCGCACGACUGCAUCUACGUCAUGACCCACGACCUGAUGUACUGCUACUUCCCGCGGGCUGACACCUGGGUGGAGAUGGCCAUGCGCCAGACCAGCCGCUGCUUCGCCUCCGCCGUGGCCUUCGGAGACCUCAUCUUCUACAUCGGCGGCCUCCACGUGGUCAGCAACUCGGGCACCCGCCUGCAGACCAGCACCAUCGAAGGCUCCUCGGUGACGGUGGAGAUCUACGACGUGAACAAGAACGAGUGGCGCACGGCCGCCAACAUCCCCGCCAAGCGCUACUCGGACCCGUGCGUGCGCGCCGUGGUGCUGCUCAACUCGCUGUGCAUCUUCAUCCGCGAGACGCACAUGAACGAGCGCGCCAAGUACGCCCUCUACCAGUACGACACGGCCACGGACAGCUGGUACCUGCGCCAGCCGGUGCCCGAGCGCGUCCUCUGGGACCUGGGCCGGGACUUCCGCUGCGCCGUGGGCAAGCUCUACCCCUCCUGCCUGGAAGAGUCCCCCUGGAAGCCGCCCACCUACCUCUUCUCCUCGGACGGAGCCGAGGAGUUCGAAGUGGACGGAGAGCUGGUGUCCUUCCCCCACGUAUAGCUCUGAGCCGAGGAGGGCGGGGCCACGGCUCAGGGGUGACCCCUCCCGGAGCGGCACCUGAACCACACCCCUCCCCCCCGUCAGCCGCUGUUACACGUGGGAUUCGCCACCUGGCCGGGGCAAAUGGCCGUUGGGCCGUCGCUGCGGCGUCUUCUGACGUCACUGUUUUCAUCUUGUCACACAAGUGGCACAUUGCGACUCUGGAGUCGUUCAGCGGCUCAGUCGCGAGCUAGCUUCUGUUAGCUUGAGCACUCGACUGAGCCGCGUGAAGGCCUGUUACUGGCGAUGGACCCGAUCGGUCCGAGUCAUCCUGGCAACAAUCCCGACGUGUUGGUCACGGCGUUAGAACCCGGGAACGUUCGGCAGCCAUCUUCCCAACAUGUCAUGACCAGCGGGGGGCGUGGUUCCCAGGAAGCGGGUUUCAAGAUCGACUGCAGGCUCAGUCUUUCACCUCCUGCUGCUCCUCAUUUAAGCUCCAGCGCCCCCACCAGGCUGUCGGUUUCACCUUGUUCAAACUCAUUCCCGCGCUGCUAACGCCGUAAACCAUCUGUUUCCGGGGCGCGGGGUUUCUUUUGUACUAGACUUUUUUAUUUAAUACCAGACUUUACUGUAGUGCGACUUGUUCUCCCGUCGGACCCGAGUUCGGGUCCGUCUUGCUGCUGAUUGGUUGUGAGCAGAGGGCUGGCCCAGGCUGUUGCCAUGGAAACUGUCCCAGCAACCACUAGCAGUAGUGGGGAGGAGGGGGCUCCUCCGACCUUUAUACGAAAACGGGGUCAUGAGCACAGGUGCUUCGUGACGGACUCGCAUGUUUGGCUGCAUCAUAUUCCUUUGGCACUGUAUUUUGAAUGAACGUUAAUUUAUUAAAAAACAUACCAAAACGUUCCGCCAGCCUCGAGGGCGUCUGUUCCUCAUCCUGCCCGCCGUGGAGGUCCGGACCUGAGAAACCCGGGGAGACUGGAGCACAAACAGCCGAACCGUCCGAAGGAGGUGAAAGUACUUUUUUAUUCAGCAGUAGAGCGUCUCACUCUCCGUUCAGUCGGAACACUCCACUCCAAAACACCAAGUAGAAAACAAAAGCAGUCGGGUCGAAGGUCACGGCUGAGGCGCUGACAGCAUGCUAACAGGACCUGGUGACUUGGGGGCGCCACGGCAAACACCCAGAAUAAAUACAUCUUUAGCUCCACUGGACAGACGGACGCACCGCGGGGUCACAUGGUUCUCGGGCAGCGACGUGAAGGGCUUGAGGUGAGGAGCAAGAGCACAACUGUCGCAGCUCGGACGCGAACAGACUGGGUUGCGAGUUGAUAUCCGCUGGUUCCAGGAGCCACGCGUCACAGACGCGUUCGCUCCACAGUCAGGUCCAGAAAUGACUGAGCACAGAAAAGACAGGAACAGGACCAGCGUCUGUUGCCAUGGUGACAGACCAAGCUCCUGUCUGAGCCACACCACAGUGUGAAGCCUCGCUCAUGACACACUAAGUGGAAGUCAAAUUUAGCCAUCAUCGAUUCAGCGAUUAAAAACGGAACAGUGGUGAAUAGGUUAAAAAGGUUGUCGCCAUGAUGGUGGGUCGCUUGCUGCUGAAGGCCAGUGAGCAACACUGCCCCCUGCUGACCGGCCCAGCCUUCACACCGUUACCAUGACGACCAGCAUGUGUUGAUGUCCGUCACUAAAAUGAAGGUCUUGGGCGAGCGCCGACGGCAGCGGCGAGCUCGUGUCUCACGGGUCACGUCCAGCAUGAGGAGAACUGGCAGGAGGGUCUGGGUUUGAGCUCACAGUGGAGGAACGUGGCUCUGGUCCCGGAAGAAAGCAGCCAGUGGAAACGUGUGCUCAGCAGGUCCGUUUCUCGGGGUCAGGGGUCACAGUGGUUGGUUCUGGAGCGGGAGACAGCGUGGAGAACCAGGAGGACAUGGCCGACUUGGCACUGGUCAAGGCUCCGCCCACCGACUGACCUGGUGAGACACCCACAGGUCAGUACCCACAAGUCAGGAGCCAGGCGAUGAGCGUGUUAGCCGCGAGCUACCGUACCCACGAUCUUUCCCGUCUGCACCACGCUGCGGCUCGUGGUCAUCAUGGCGUUCCCGAUCUUCUUCCCGCGCUCGCUGUUCUGCACCGAGCUGUGGCGGGAAACAUGGCGGUGAGGAUGAGCAGCGGGACUCAGUUUCCUGUUCUCACACCCACACCAUCAUCAAGUUCCUACUGAGAAACUCCGUCUGAUACUUAACGUCAUUGCGUUCUUCUGUUCAUUUCAACCACAAGAGGGCGACACUUGCCGUGCAGCAGGUGGACGGAGGCACUUACUGGGACAGUCGCAGUUUCACAUCAGCCACGCUGUAGUGACCCUGGAACAGGUGACUGACACACACACACACACGGGGGUCAAACCAGAACCAGCGCAUCCGCUGCGUCCACACGGUGGCGCCACUCACCCCGGCGUGACGGUCGUCAUGGCAACGUGCUUGUUGCUGUACCAGACCCUGAAGUUGUGCGUGUUUUUCCAGGCGCCGACAAAGCCGGCGCCGUAGUCGGCCAGCAGCCGCUCGCUGUCUGUGGCGGAGGCAGAGGCGGGGCGUGAGCGGCGGUGCACAGCCAAGCGCGCGCCCCCGGGGGCGGGCCUCACCUGGCUGCAGGACGCUGGACAGCAGCGAGUGCAGGUAGAGCGUGAACUGGGCCCGGAUCCACUCGUCGCCGCCCUCCCAGCCCGUCCCGUCCAGGAAGACGUCGUCCCUGUUCUCUGUCACGUGCUUCACCAGGUAGUCCGCGAAGCGCAGGUCCGCCGUGGUCAGACUCAGGACCUUCCUCAGCUCCGGGUCCUGGAUGUGGAUGGCCGCGUCCUCCACCUGGGGGUCGCCACAGGGUCACGGCCGCACGCCUUUCUGUCUGUCUGCGCAGCGGUCGUACCUCCACCACGGCGUCGCUCAGGUGUCUCUGCUGGCGGAACAGAAUGUUGGUCGCCCCGGCGACGAAGCCACGGACUGUCACGUCCGACAGCAGGUGGUGCUGCUGCAGCGCCAUGUAGGGCAGGCACAGGUAUCCCUGCAGAGAGCCGGACAGGUGAGACCGUGGCAGCGGCGCGUGACAGCAGGCGGGCAGCUGAGCAACCUUGGUGAAGACGGCCAGCGGGAGACCGUACUGGUCCUCCUCCAGUCCGGACACCAGGCCUUGAGUCACGGCACCCGGGCUCGCUGCCUGCGGCUGCACGGUGAUGGGCACGCCCGUCUCCGCGUCUGCCGCUGGCUCGGGUGCUGCCUCUGCCCCCUUGGGGGCGUCGUCCAGCACGCUGGGGUCCAGAGUCUCCCAGUCGCUCUCCGAGGAGUCCGGCGAAGUUCUGGUCGGGGGUUUGAGGAGGUGGUUCCCUUCUGAGCCAGACGACCCGCCGUCGGCCAGAUCAGUGACCGACACCGACACAAACUCCUCCCCGAGCGCGCCGUCCUCCGACACGCUGCCCCGCGGCCGGUAGUGCGACGAGUCCACCAGUCCGUGCUCCAGCAUGCCUGCACACACACGGCAGCGGCGUCAGCAGGGUGCGGAACCUCCACCGGCGCCGCUCGCCACUGACCCGGGAAGAGCGACAGCACCGUCAUCAGAGCUCCCACCAGCCGGCUGACCGGGGACACGUAGAACAGGACCUGCGGACGGAAGCGGACGUGAGCGCUGGACCCGCGGUGAGCCCGGGUCAUGUGACCGGCCGCCCGGCACCUUCUUCUCCAGCAGGAUGAGCUUGAAGAGGAUCAGGACCUGAGGGCAGAGCAGGGUUAGUGUCAGCGCGCGGCACCGGCCCGGCCCAGGCGGCGCCCCCUACCUUGUGUCGGAAGUGCAGGAUCAGGUCUCGCGGCGACAAACCUGCGGGAAGACAGUGUGAGCGAGUGGCUGAUUAACAGAGAGGGCAGCGCCCCCUGCUGGGGCCGACCUACCCAGGUGGAGCUGAGAGCCCUCCAGGCUGGAGCCGCCCAGCGAGCCGUUCAUGUGCUCGAACAGCUCCUGUGGAGAGAAAGAGCCCCAGGCCAGUCGGUGACGUCUCAGGCCGCGGUGAUGUCACAAGCUCUCACCUGCAGGAUGGAGAUCUGGGAGAAGUCUUUCUCCUCGAAGUAGGCGUGAGUGAUGAGCUGCAGCUUGGCUUGGAGGAGGCCGAAGAGAGGCUGCACACACACACACACACGCGCACGCGUCUGUCUCUCUCUGUCCCUGUGAGGACCGCGCCUGGCCGUCGCCCUUCCCCCAGCCUCUCCCCCUGAACUCAUGGCUCACCUGAGCCAGGACCAGGCUGGAGCCCUCAGAGUGAGGCGAGAGGACCCACCCGCGACACACACGGACCUCAGAAGGACGAGCCACUCACCACGCGACUGAGGACACACACGCUCUUCUGCACCGUCUCACGGGUCACGUCGGCCUGCCGCACCUUCAGAGCCUGACGGUGGGAGAUCAAGUCAUGACACUGCCGUGGGCCCCGCCUCCACACAAACACGGGGUACCUUCGCUUCGAUUUGUCGGUAACACGAGACCCCGUAAACACACUUCAUGUCGCCGCCCAGCGGUGGGAGGUGGAAGUACACCGUGUCUGCAACACAAGCGGCAGCGGAGUCGGUGAACGGCGGCGGGGGUGUGCGCGCGCGCGCGCUCGUGUGUGUGUCUCUCUCACCCUCCUGGAAGUUGUGGGCGCCGUCGGGCAGCGCGAGGAACGGCAGGUACUUCCACUCCUCGGGCAGCAGGCUGCUGUCGUGACCUUGGUCCGGCAGCAGCGGCGGGAAGGAGAACUCCACCUGUCAGACAGCAGCCAGGUGAGUGACUCGGGCCCCGCCCACCCUCUCUGUCCCGAGGUCUGGAGAGGUGGGGCGAAUCCUCAACCAGGUCAACAGGUGGGCGGAGUCCGCUGACCCCCUCGGGUC